GUCAGAAAUGGCAGUUUCAUUUCUCUUUGUCCUAAUUCUGUGCGGAGGAAUAUCUAUCAAAGCUCAAAUCGACCCGAAUCAGUGGCCAAACCGGAGCGGAAUCGUCCAGCUGUUCGAAUGGAAGUGGUCGGACAUUGCGAUCGAAUGUGAACAAUUUCUAGCGGCGAAGGGCUACGGAGGAGUGCAGAUUUCACCACCGGCCGAAAAUGCCAUUAUCAUGGAACCGUUUCGACCAUGGUGGGAGCGAUACCAGCCCAUCUCGUACUAUCUGAACAGUAGGUCAGGAACCGAGGCAGAGUUUGUACAAAUGGUUGGACGGUGCAAUAUGGCAGGGGUUCGAAUCUAUGCUGACGUUCAGCUAAAUCAUAUGACCGACGUUGCCAACUAUGGAGGAACUGGAGGAUCCACUGCCGACAGCGGGAACCUGAGCUAUCCAGCUGUUCCCUACAACUCGUCUGACUUCAAUGGAAACUGUGCGAUAACUGAUAAUAGUAACCCCAUUGAGCGGAGAACGUGUCGCCUUGAAGGCUGUCCAGAUUUGAACCAACGGUCGGAAUGGGUUCGUGAUAGGAUUGUUAACUUUUUGAACAAACUGAUUACCUACGGGGUAGCAGGAUUUAACAUCGAUGCAGCUAAGUACAUGUGGGCGGAGGACUUGCAGAUUAUCUACAGCAGACUUUCAAAUCUCACAGAGGAGCACGGUUUUGAACCAGGUGCAAGGCCAUUCAUUAUGCAAUCGGUUGCCGACAUGGGAGAAGAUGGUAUUUCCAAAUAUGAAUAUCGUCCUUAUGGAAUGGUCUCGGAAGUAGGCCAUUCUCACGAGUUGGGUUACUAUUUCUCUGGUCAAAAACGGUUAUCAGAUUUAAAAAAUUGGGGAAGAAGUUGGUCGUUCUUGUCGUCGGAACGCGCCAUUGUUUUCGUGGGUGAUCAUUUGAAUCAACGUGGUCUAGGUUCAAGGAAGGGUCACGUUCUGACGUUCAGGAACAGGAAGCAUUAUACAAUGGCCACUGCUUUCAUGUUGGCCUUUCCAUACGCUACACCUCGAGUGAUGAGUUCCUACGAUUUUGGUAAUGUCGAUCAGGGCCCACCUGCUGAUACGUUCGGAAACAUAAUCUCACCAUCGAUCGGAGAAGAUGGUACAUGCCAGAAUGGUUGGAUCUGUGAACAUCGCUGGAAUGCAGUGGCCAAUAUGAUUGGUUUCCGCAAUGCAGCCAUUGGAACAGGACUCGACAACUGGUUCGAUAAUGGCGCUUAUCAGAUUGGAUUUUGUCGGGGCGAUCGCGGCUUUAUCGUGUUCAAUCUGGAAGGAUGGGACCUGAAUCAGAGACUGCAAACGUGCCUACCGACAGGGAAAUAUUGUGACGUUAUUUCUGGAACCGUGGACGGCGGGGUUUGCACUGGUACGGUAGUGGACGUAGACUCCGAUGGGAUCACGAAUGUCUAUUUAAGUGCUUACGAUGGUAACGGUGUACUGGCGAUCCAUGUGAAUGCCAAAAUUGAGUAGUUAUUUUGGAGAAUUAUUAACAAUACGAAUAUUAUUGGUAUUUGAUGAUUUGAACAAUUGUGCAACGAGUCGGC